AUGACGACUACACAAUCAGGGAAGGGCACAAAGACUGUGUUCACUUUGAACACUGGUGCUAGGAUGCCCGGUGUUGGCCUGGGUACCUGGCAAUCCAAACCGAAUGAAGUCCGCGAAGCAGUCAAGCACGCGCUGCAAGUUGGUUACCGCCAUAUCGAUACCGCUCUCGCGUACGGCAAUGAAGCCGAGGUCGGCCAGGGAAUCAUUGACUCUGGCGUUCCUCGUGAAGAGAUCUGGAUCACCACCAAGCUCGACAAUCCCUGGCACAAGCGUGUCAACGAGGGUAUCGAAUCCUCCUUGAAAGACUUGAAGACGGACUAUGUCGACCUCUACCUCAUGCACUGGCCCAGCUCCACAGUCCCUGAGGACUUGAAGAAGCAUUAUGAUGACUGGACCUUUAUCGACACCUGGCGCGAGAUGCAGAAGCUCGUCGGAACCGGCAAAGUUCGAAAUAUCGGCGUGUCCAAUUUUGUCAUCUCCAACCUCGAGAAGCUUCUGAAUGCACCCUCCACGAAGAUUGUACCUGCUGUGAAUCAGAUUGAACUUCACCCCAACAUGCCUUCGCCGAAGACUUUGGCCUACUGCAAAGAGAAGGGAAUCCAUUGCACAGCAUACUCCUGUUUGGGAUCGACGGACUCACCCCUGGCCCAUGACGAGACCCUCCAAAAAAUCGCAGACGCACACGGCAAGACUCCCCAGCAGGUGCUGUUGAUGUGGGGACUUCAGAGAGGUACUAGCGUGAUCCCGAAAUCUGUGACGCCGUCGCGUAUUGAGGCCAACUUCCAACUGGACGGCUGGGAAUUGACACAAGAGGAGAUGGACGCGCUGAGCAACAUUAAGACCCGCUUCAAGGUAUGUGGUGAUUCUUGGUUGCCGAUCAAGGUCUUCUUCAACGAGGAGGGUGACGGCGGUGAUGUACCUUCUCAUUAG